UUGGGACGCCUCCACCUCGCGAGAAGAAGACCGUAGUUGCGGGAAAACUGAAGCGGGUGGAUGCAGCACGAAAGACUCUGAAAAUACAAAAAUACAAGUUUUAAAAUGAAAACACAAGAUAGCCCAAAGGCAGCAGAUGUCAAGAAAGGAAUUUCUGUUCUUUGGGAAACUUUGCAGUGUCCUAUAUGUCUAGAAUUAAUGACAGCUCCUGUAUCUACAAAAUGUGACCAUCAGUUCUGCAAAUUUUGUAUGAUGAAACUUUUGGACAACUCAAAGCAAAACAGGGCAAGUUGUCCUGUGUGCAAAGCCAGAGUAACCAGAAGGAGCUUGCAAGAGAGCCCAGGUUUCAAAAAACUUGUUGCAGGUUUGCAGGACAUGAUACAGGCAUAUGAACAUGAUACUGGGAGUAACUAUUUUACAGGACAGAUGCUUCCCAAACAUCCAGCAGUUGUUACAGAUGUGGUUGUACAGAAAAAUACUAGGACAAAUGAGGAUCUUGUGGAACUUGAAAAUUUGGAAAAACCUUGCAGCGAGGAUGCCCCAAAAUCACAAUCCUCAACAAUAAAAGCUCAAAAUGGAUUUGCCAGACUCAUGGGACUUGAAGACACAAGCCCAUUGACAACAGAAAAUGAAGGGCUGGAUAGUGGACUUGGGGAACCACCUGCAACACCAGAGAAAAAAUAUGUCACCCCAGACAUCCUUGAGUUAAUAGCAAUAGAAAACCAAGCUAGUGAAAAUGCCCAACCCACACACAAAACUAGAGUCCUUAUAAAAUGCUCUGAUCUGCCACCGUUGAUACUUGAGGAAGAGAAUGCUGAAAACAACAAAGAUGAUGAGGAAGAACAUGAUGAUAGUGAGCUGCCUUCUAAAAAGUCUAGAAAAAAGCACAAAAAAGAUUCUGGGCCAGAUAAGAUACUUAAGCGGAGGCAGAGGAAAAGUGUGGAAAAAGUGAGAGAAUGGCUUAUGAAUGUCCCGAAUAAGGAGGACAUUGAGUUGGACAAGCUAGACAAGGACGCACAAUAUUUAGAUGACUCCGAUAGUUUUUCAUCUUCUUCAACAAUAGAUCUCAAGCAACAUAACUAUGAGAGCUUUUUGAAUGAGAAGGAGGGAGUGACAAAAGCCCUAGAGGAUCAGGUAUUUGGUGCAGUCUACAAAAGAGGGAAGAAAAGAAAUGGCAAAGAAAUCUCCCCACCUCCUGAUAUUUUAACUCACCUCAACUCAAAUGAUGCAAUGGAUCAACAAGAGGAUGAAGCAAUAAACAAAAGUGACACAGAAAAGGAGCCUGAUCUUAGAAACCUUGUAGAUGAUAACAGUGAGUUUUUCAAAGUGGUUGUACCCUUGGAUAAAGAAGUCCAUAAUGAAUCAUAUAGUGACAAACAACCACAGCAAGAGUUGGAUGAGUUGCACAAUGUCAGGAAUGAAUGUAAAGAAAAAGAAGAUUCUCCUUUGCGUAAAACUGGAAGCCAUAAGAGGAGAGGAAAUUCUCGGAAAAAGAUGUGUAAUGAAUUAAAGCAAGUUGACAUUGAUCUACAAGAACAGGCAAAAAUGGAGCCAGAAAAUGGGGAGCAGAAGAAAACGGAUAAGAAAAAAGGAAGGCACUUGAAGUCAUCCAAAGUCAAGUCUGGUCGAGUCACAAAACCUCUUGAUUUAGUUGAAGUUCAAAAAGGUGAGACUGCUCUGAUGGAAGAACCAAAGUCUAAGCUGGAAUCAGAUCAAAUUCAUGUUCAUAUUGAGAAUUAUCCAAGCAGUGAGGAACAAGAGGUCUCUGUUGUAAAAAGCACUAGGAGGAGCAGGAGACUUCAAAACUUUGUGGAGGAGAUUAGAGUAAGUAAAAAGAAAAGUCACUUGAAGGGUACCAACUCUUACCAAGGAAAAACUUCUGAGGAGGUUCAGGUUGUAUUGGCAAAGAAUAAUACGUCUCCUCAAUGUGCAAAUACAAAUGGUUGUAUUUAUGCAGAUGAUUUGGGAGGAAUAGAAAAAAUUGGGUCUUAUGAGAGCCCAAACAUUUUGAAACCAACGCAACCUCUUCAAGAAGUCCCAAAUGUUGAAAUACUGACUGAAGAUGCUUGUUGUGAACCUGAUGCACCAGAUUGUCCUAAAACAUCAGGCGAAGACAUCAAUACUGUUCAGGAAAGUGACAUUCAAACUGAUCCAAAGAAUGUUCAGUUGGAGUCAAUGGGAUGCGAUGAUGAAAUCGAAGAGCAAAUGGAGGAGGACAAGAGUGACAGUGAGAUAGACACCGAACAACUUCUUAGGAGUUUUAAAGCCACAAAAAGGAAAUCAUUUCAUCUGGAAGCACCAAAUGUUAAAAGAAGUUGUAGCUUGGACGAGAGAGAUGCACAAAAACCUGAAGAUGGUGAUUUUAUUUUGAGAAAUCAGGCCGUAGUAAUUGAAGAGACGCCUAUCCAAUAUGCUUCCCUCAACCAUUCCAAUUCGCUGUUUAGUGAUGUGAUACCACCAUCUCCUACACAUGCACAAAACGAAGCACAAGACGGAUCUGACAUGCCCAGUAACCCUAUUUCCAAUAACUGCUCUAAUAGUUCUUCCAGUCUUACUCCAAAUAAAGUUUCAAAACUGGAAACACCAAGUUAUCAUCUGUCCGUCAUCCCUCAUAUAGCUGACUCCGGGCUUCAUUUUACAGCUGGAAAAUUGUCUGACAGUGUAGGGCCCAAGAAGCAAUCUACAAACAGACCUUUAAAAUGCACUCACAUCUCAGAGAGUCUACAUUCCAAAUCUGAAGACAACAGUGUUUCCUUGUUGGAUCCAUCAACAACUAAAAAUCUGUCCCCCGGCAACAAGUCACAACAUUUAUUAAAUACUGAUUAUUCCUUAACCCCUGAUGGCCUUUUAACACGACCUUUCUUGAAUGAGAAGCUAGCACAGAGUCACGGAAGCAGCAGCACCCAGUCCUCCAUACAAAACAACCCGAGGAGGAGAAGAAGCCGGAGACUGGAGUCUUCACCUGAGCUAGACAGCAGUGGAUCAAAAGAGGAAUUGCCAAGUCUAGCCCAAAUUCUAAAAUGCAAUUCAAGUAGUAGCCGGGAUAAAAGUCAACAGGAAAAUGUAGCCUCCAUUGAAAUAAAUGAAGGUUUAACAGUUGAGAGAGACCAAGUGAUUCGGCCACCACCAUGUCCCAGCCCAGACUAUGUAAACUCAAGUCAGGCAUCUGUUGACUUGUUCGGCACACCAGAAGAAUCAAGUGGCGUUCCAGUGAAUAAUGCAAGUAUCUCAGUGGAGAUGUCACAGUUGUCAAGUGAAGUUCUAGUUACACAGCAAAAGGUGGAAAUGCAGAAGGAGCUGGUGAGGCUGGAGAAGUUGAUGGCCUUGGUGUCAGAGGUGCUCCAUGAGAAAGAGAACGGUCCAGAAAAUGACACGGAACAAAAUGGAGAGGCAAACGCAGCCCCAGAGCCCACGAGACCACAAGCAUCUAAUGAAGAUACAGGACAAGACUCUGAAAAUAAUGAUCCUCCAAGUUCAGGUCUAAGAACUCUGAGGCGACCAUCUGGAGUCAAAGCUGCCACUAAGUCCACUAUAGCAAAACAUGACCCCACUACAGAUACUGUUUUUAUUUUAGCCCAAAGUUCAGCACACAAAGAUCUGGCUGCUGCUGCUGCUACAAAGACAGUCGCCACAUCUAGUUCAACCCAAAGUCAUAAGACGCGUGAGUGUCUGUCUGAAGACAAAGAAAACCAAGAGAACGAGACGAGAAAACCCAAAAUGGUGCUGGUGUCGUCUGGACUGGGGCCCAGUGAACAGAUAAUGGUGAAAAAGUUUGCAAAGAGAAUUGGUUCCCGUGUGGUUUCUCAUGUAAUGCCAGAUGUUACUCACAUCAUAAUGCACACAGAUGAGCAGCUGGUUUGUGAGCGCACACUCAAAUACUUCCUUGGCAUCGCUGGACGAAAGUGGGUCGUAAGCUUUCAAUGGAUUUCUGAGUGCUUCAAACAAAAGAAGUUGCUGGAUGAGAGCCUGUUUGAAGUAAAGGGAGAUGUAGUGAACGGUCACAACCACCAGGGGCCCAUGCGAGCACGCACCACAAAUGAUGACGAUUUGCUGAUGAAAAGAUACAAGAUCUGCUUUGAAGGGCCUUUUACUGACAUGACCACAGAUGAGAUGGGGUGGAUGGCAGAGCUGUGUGGAGCCACUGUAGUGAAAGACCCAUCUGUCCUGGAUGGGAAACAGAAAUCUCGUCAGCUGAUCGUUGUGCAGAGUGGAUCAGAUAUUUCUGCGUCCAAAUACAAUAGUCUUUCCAGAGUGGCUACAGUGGUGACUCGCGGUUGGCUCUUGGAUUCAGUAUCGGCGUACACUAUAAAAAACUGUAAAAACUACACAAUUUAACCCUAUCAUCACUACACUACUCCACACGUCUAUUGUCAUGUUCCGUCAAUGCUGUUUUUAAACUCUCUUAAACCUGGUUUCACAAAGCUCUGUCUGAUGUACUUGUAAAUUGUGAUGUACAUAAAGAUAAAGAGCUGG